AAUAUUCUCAUGUCUCAAACACAAGAAGACAAUGUUACCAUGUUAUUCCGGUAAAUACAUAGGUAGUGACAUUGCCUCAAAGGAUGUUCCUGUCUGAAAAGUACUGUAAUGGAUCUUAGCAGUAUUGCUUUUAUUUCAAGAAGCAUCUCCUAAGCUGAUAAAUAAGUGCCAAAGACUAAAUUCAAGAGCAACUACAACCUUCAUUCAAUCAUGGGAUGCAGUUCUUCAAGUAGCAAUACUGCCUUUGAGCAAAUCCCUCCAGAGCCUCAGACACCAAUGCGUGCUGCCCAAAGACAAGGUGAAGCAGAGAUGAACUUGAUGACAUCGCCGGAGGAACAAUCAAUCCAAGAGGACAGGCAUGAAAGGGAGGAGAGAGCAGAAGAUGAGGGAAGAGAAGAAGGGAAUACAGAGCCUAAAAAAGAUGAGGGAAUGGAAGAUGGGAAGGAGAGUAUGAAAAGGUUGGAUGUUGAUAAUGAUAAAGAAGAAUUUACAACAACAUAUUUUAUAAAGAGCAAUAACAAAGAAGUGGAAGAAGCGAUGAAAAGCUUUUUUGAACGGAACACUGAUCCUGAUGCAGAAGAAUUGCUGAAAACCUUUAUGAAAGAGAGAGGCAACACAGAUGAGGGAGAACUGCUAGAAACCUUUCUGAAACAGGACACCAACCCCAAUGCUGAAGUGAGGAAGACCUUUACAGCUCAGAGCACAGAUACAGGGGAAUUAAGGAAAACCUUUACAACAAAGAGCAUUGUUCAACAAACAACAGGUAAUCAAAUUUUAACCCUCGAAUCAAGAUCUAUCAAUGUGGUUAGCACCAAGGAAGAAAGAUGGGAAGGUCCAAUCAUCACAGAGAUACAUGUUGAUGAGUAUGACUUACUGAACAAGACCGCAGAAACAGAGUAACAUGCAUACUCCUUCAUGAGUCUCUGAAACCCGGAAAACAUGGGUUGUUAUUAACACUGCAUUUAGAUCAUCACCACUCCUUUAUGAAAGGAGGGGGGAGUAUGGCCCUUUCUUCAGACAUCGGUCGUAGAUCGUGCAAGAAUGAUGAUAUCUACGGGACUGCAUAGGUAUAUUUCACAAACUUCAUAUAUUUCAUUUUGUAUUAAUCAAUUAUGCUAAUUUAUUCAUGAAAUCAUACUUAUUGCUCUAAUUCACUUGAUAAAGCUCCUAGAAUGUCGAUUUUUGGUGUAAAUAUUUUGUAUAGCAUUUCUUAAAAUUUCAACUGAAAAAAAGAAUUCUAGUACCAAUAUUGAUUUGUUUUGUAUUUCAUUGUUUUUAUUUCUUAUGUACUUCUUUGUGUUUAUUUGUCUUAAUUUCUUUAUCUACAAAAAUUUUUGGUGACAUUAUUUCAGCCAGAAGUAGCAUCAGAAUGAAUGGCUCUUGUCAAUGAAAGUAAAUAUAAUCACACAUUUACUCACUGGGCAUGAAAGCCAAACAAUUGUUCAAGUUCUAUAUGUGCUGUACAAUAUAAAUCCUGAAAAGCCUGACAUGGGAAGGUGUUACGGCCUGAAAUCAAGAAAAAAACCAGAAGAAUGGCAUAUCUGAUACUACUAGAUGUUAUGGGAACAAGAACAUAAUAACCUGGGGGGUGUAUCACACAAAUUUAAGUAUGACGCAUACACGAUAGGCAAAGCGCAAUAUUAUUGAUCAAUACGCAGAAGUGCGCAUCCUCUUGACAUGAUCUGACCAAUGCGGUCAUGCCUUUUAUAACACACACAACUAGACAUUUAAGUGCGACUCUAAGUCAUACUUAAAUCUUUGUGAGACACCCCCCCCCCCCCUGGAGAUGACAAAGAAUUUGUUGCUUACCUUACUGAGUUUAUCUAGGACCCUCAUGCAUAUAUCUAGGAAUGACUGGUCUUCAGGGCAGAGUUGUCUGAACGAACCGACCUGCAGAAUAGCUUGAAUACCAUCUUUAUGUACAGUAAGAAUGCGGUUUAGAUGUCUCGGCUGAAGUUUUGACCACCAGUGAGCUAAAGAAUGAUUAUAAAAAAAUUUCAAAGAGGUUUGAACUCGAUGACUGUUGACAUUCACAAAUAUCUUUUCAAGGUAUGCAAAGUGUUAGAAAUUAAAAAUGCAAUAAGUCUUGAUAUACAUGUAUAUGCAUUUUAACAGUUUCACUGACUAUUAGGUCAAGUAUUGUUUAUAUUUACAAUUUAAUAGUUUAAAAGCGGUAACACUUUGUACUAUCUAGAAAUGGUGCAAUUACACACAAUUCAUAUGCAAUAAUUAAAAACAACAAUUUUAUGAUCUUCCAACAGAUGCUACCGCCGAAGGCAAUAAAUCUGAACUGAAAAGUUAUAUUUUAUUAAAGAUACAUGUACCACAAUUUUCUGUUUAAUAAGAGAAGCAUUCUCUACAAAACCUGUGUUAUGCUUGUAUACUGAAACAAUUCUCUACAUCAAAAUGUCUGCCAAGUAAUAUAAAUUUCCGUCCAAGAAAACAAAUUUGAUUGAAGCUUAUACUUGAGGUUGAACUUCUUGGUAUGUGUCAAGAAUUUCAGACAGAAAUAUCAAAGGAUACCAAGGAGUAAAACAGGUUCAAUCUGUUGACAAGUUUCAAGGAUUUUAGGAGGUGGAGAGGUCAAAAGCAGAGAAAAUAUACACAGAGAGUAGAGGGUGGUAUGAGCCUAAAAAAAUGUCUGGAAUAGCCCUGGUAAUUUGCAAAAGAUGUUAUUAUCUUUUCACAUUUUAACAGAAUAUGAUGUAAUCUAUGAGGAAUAAAUAAAACAAGCAAUAGUUUGUUUGUGUGUUGUUGUGUACUGAUCAAAAUGCAAAACUUUCAUGUCAUAGAAAAGUUAUUCGUUGAUAUUUCAAUACAUUUCAAUAAAGUCAUGGUAACAUU